UGUCUUCGACUGGAACAAGAAAGGAAACGUUUUGUUGUCCAAAGCAAUAUCAUCCCUUGCGAUUUUUAUAGUUGGAUGACAGUAUAAAGUAAACGGGCUUGGCGUUGCAGCAGGGAUGUCGAGGCUAAAGUUGAUUUCAGCAACUGACACCCAGUUUCCUGCGUCAGUGCUGAAGUCUGUCAAUGAGCAGAGGAACAGUGGACUAUUCUGCGAUGUCACCAUCAUUGUCCAGGAUCGCAAAUUUAAAGCACACAAGGUCAUGUUGUCUGCUUCAAGCACUUACUUUCGACAGCUCUUCUCGGUAGCCGGACAGGUGAUUGAGUUAAACUUUAUCAAGUCGGAAAUAUUCGAGGUAAUAAUAAAUUAUAUUUACACCGCCAAAAUCAGCAGAGUCCGGUCUGACAAACUUGAGGACUUGAUCGCAGCAGGCCAGAUCCUUGGCGUGAAGUUCAUAGCCAACCUCGGAGUGCCACUCUCUCAGGUGAAAGGUCUACCUGGCUUGUCAAAAGAUUCUGAGGGCAACAGCGGAGCUGGCUCGGAGAAAAAUGACUCGAGCACAGAGAACAUGCCCAUCAUCACUGAGUCCUUUUCAUUGUCCGCAGAAGAAUUCAACCUCACAGGUGGCAGUUCCGAAAAAGACGCGGAAGGAGACAACGACGACAUUGUUUUCGUAUCAAAAUCGGAGCCUGGAAAAGGAGGCCCCAAGAGUCAGCCCUCCGAAAUCAUAGAUGUGGAUGCAGAGGAGGGGAGCUGUCCACCAACAAGGAGUGAAAGGCCUACAGAAGGGGGCCAGGAUGCUUCAAAAGACAAGAGUCCUGCCACCAGACAAGCGGAGGGAGGGGGGACGCCAUCAUUCCCAAAUUCCCGUCCUGACCCCAUCAUGUCACCGGAGAGCAUCAACAGCGUCCCCGGCUCCCCUCUUGGGUCGUCCAACCACAGCCAACCCACCACGCCGGUCCGAACGAACAGCCUCACACCCCAGCUCCACAGCCCUCCCCUGCCCCACGACGGUCUCCUUGACGUGCCGGGCUGCGUUCAAAAGAAGAAGGUCGCCACCAUUCUGGAGCAGUCCUCCGACCAGCAAGGCAAAAUUAAGUUGUACGACAUUGGCGGUAGCGCCAGAAACAGUCACGGUCAGACUCUCGUCUCGGCCAAAAAGACAAUAACGUUAGACAAAGCCUCCGAGAUCGACUCCCUGUCGCCAGGUUGCAAGGUGUACGCCAACAUCGGCGAGAACACCUACGACAUCGUCCCGGUCAAAGACGACCCGGGAGAGGGCGACUCGAGGACCGGCGCCGGGAGGAAGUCUGCUCACGGGGACGACUCUCCUCGCGGCGGCGGGCCUAUCAAAAAGAAGGCCAAGACUGAGGCGGAGGACCACUACGAGCUCAUCAUGGACGGCAAAACCUUCUACGUCUGCGCCGUCUGCAAGCGGCCGUACGUGUGCAUCACCAGCCUGCGAAGGCACUUCAACACGCACUCCUGGGAGAAGAAGUACCCGUGCCACUUCUGCGACAAGGUCUUCGCCCUGGCCGAGUACCGCACCAAGCACGAGCUGGGCCACACGGGCGAACGCCGUUACCAGUGCCUGAUGUGCAACGAGAUGUUCAUGAACUACCAGGUGCUCUCGUCGCACUGCAAGACGGUCCACAACCAGGACCCGUCGGGCAGGAAGGAGAAGGACGACACCGAGAACAACCUGUACCGCCUGCUGCCCUGCAAGACCAUGCAGUUCAAGCCGUACUCGUACGUGACGGACGACAGCAUGGGCGGCAUUCCCAUCAUCAACGAGGAUGGUAUCGUUCAACACAUCAGCCCCGGGAGGUCGCACUUUGACAACCAAGAACUUCAACCCGCAGGGGGUGGUCACCAUAAGGUGCUCAGCUGGGACGACAUUUUUGUGGAGCCUGAGGCCCACACGCAGCCCGGGGCGGACGCCCGGCCCUUGCCGAACCCUAUGCCUCUCCCUCAUCGGGCUCCGGGCGGCCGCGGGAAUGCCGACCCCUCGUCCGAGUUUGAGUUUGUUAUACCAGAGACAUACUGAAAAGGGCCUGUCACGGUGAUGGAAUUUAUCGUGAUAUUUUUUUUAAUUUAUCAUGCGAUUAAAGAUGGAGUGGUUAUUUUUUUUUUGUAGUUCAUUUCCAGAAUUGAUGCUGUCCACUCACAAAUGUUAUCUUUCUCAUGGGCAGUUGUGGCCUAAUGGUUAGGGAGGUGGUCUUGAGAUCAGAGUGUUGCAGCUUCGAAUCCCACCCUAACCUCUCCCUACACCUCCAUUCAUGACUGAAGUGCUCUUGAGCAAGGCACUUAGCCCCACAUUGCUCCAGGGACUGUAACCAAUACCCUGUAAAAGAACUGUUAAGUUACUCACUUUGGAUAAAAGUGUCUGCUAAGUAUAAUGUAGUGUAAAGAAUAUUUACACUACCUCCACCUUCAAUUUUGAAGUAUUCACACAAAGUAUUGGCACUCAUCAUGAAUAGGUGUGUCCUUUCCAUCUUAAGUCUGCCAUCUUUGUCAUGAACAUCUGUGGCUGCAAAACCUAUUAUUCGUUUAUUAACUUAACAAAUAGUUAUGAAAAAAAACGAAUUUGUGAAUGGGCAGCAUAUAUUUUGGAAAUGAUAAACUACUAAAAUUACAGACUCUACCUUUAAAUUGAGUGGGUGCUAAUCGUGACAGGCCUCUACACUGAGCCACAGGGGCUUCCUUGCUCUAGGACUGGUGCCUUUUUCUUCCCGUCUCCCUCGUUUCCUUAGACAAGCUCUAUAUAUUUUUGUUGGGGGUCCAGUUUUAGUUUGGAGAUUUUGACUGACUGGCAGUAGGACUGAGUAUUUGAAGCAUGGACAGUGGAGACGCAUGAAACCGUGAUCGAUGUCAUGCUACAGGUGUCAUCAGUCAUUGUCCUCACGUGGAGCUUUGUAUUGGUUUAUUUUCUGUUUUCAGAUUGUAGUGAAUUGUCCGAAACAAUUCUAAAACGUAAUUUAAACGCCAUAGUCAAAAUUGGAACCAAAUGCAUUUGCUCCUUGCAGUGUUGCCUCACAUUCUCAGUACUGUUGACACUUUCUUACUUUUUAUAAUUGGUAAUGAUGUUUUGAAUUGUCCAAGAAAUCAUGAAUAUCCCAGUAUCCUUAAUUAUGACUUGACGUAAUGACUUCUGUUAUAACUUGAGUUAUUAUUUUUUUUCAUCCACCACACAGCUAAGUAUUUGUACUUCACGUAACCGGUGAAAUGUAAGCAAGUGUUCAGAUAGUGAAAGCACAGAAAGAGUACAGUGUAUUGAACAUACUGUAGUUGACCAUUACAACUUCAGCAAUGUUUUUAUUCUCUCCAUUCCCUUAGUGAAAAAUUAGGAUAAUAUAUUUCGAUUUUAAAGAUGUCCAGCACUGGUUUAAGUGUUUUGUUCCCUGUUAUAAUGAAAAAUUGAUGUUCAUGUUGAGAUUGUGUGAAGAUGUUGGAGGAGGAUUAGUGUUUAAUGUUGCACUUGCUUACCUAAUUGGAAAUGAAAAUAAAUAUUUAGUGAAAAACGAGCAGAAUAGGAAAGGCCUCGUCAGAUGUGUAGAAUGGGAACGUGUUGUUGUAUUUAAACUGAAAUGUGAAUCAGAUUUAAAGAAGUCCUGCCAAUUUCAACAUGCAAUUGUAUUGUUCACACUAUGACGAUUAAAAAAGUAAACAAAUCAUGCCCCCAUUAGAAUGGCCAGGAUUUUGGAACGGGUUGUACAAAAAUGCUGUGUCAUCGGGUACUGACAAGUCAAGGGGACGGUGAGCAAUACUGCUGCAUGUGAAAAUUGGCAGUGAUUCUCUUUUAACAGAAAAAAAGGGAAUACAGAGAGAUGGCAAAUGUAUCUCAGAGGUGGACAUCUUGGAUUGGGAAAGUAGAAGUCUUGGCACAAGUUUUCCCAACUGUUUGGGUAGAAGGGUAGCUGUAGACUACUAGUUAGUUAUGAUGAAGAUGGUCUUUGGAUCAGAGGGUUGCCGGUUCGAAUCCCACCUUUAGCUCUCUCUACAGCUCUAUCCAUGGCUGUAGUGCCCUUGAGUGAGCAUCAUAUCCCACAAUGCUCUAGGGAUUUUAACCAAUACCCUGUACCUAAACUGCAAGUCACUUUGGAUAAAAGUGUUAGUGUAAUGCAAUGUAAUAAAAUAAUCUGCCAGGAGUUUUACUUUCGUCAGUCCAGUUUGCCCGGCUUUUGGGUAUCUGUCUGCAUUUGCGCAAGUCACAAAGUCUAUCCUUUUCCACUCUUCACUAAAAGAAAAGAAAAGAAAGAAACGCUAAUAUGCUGGUCAUAUGUCCCAUCACUAACUGUACAUCAACUGAUAAGGAUGCCAAAAAGCUGCUUUCUUUUCAGUACCAAGGGGGUUAUGUGUUUAAUUUGUACAAACAAGGACAUUUUCUGUUACUCUUUUUUUAUGUUCAUUUUUUAAUACGAGUAUGCUUUGCUCAUGCACCCCAAAUCAUCUUUCUUAGUUUUUUGUUAGUUUUUCUCCCAAAUGUCUUGUUGGAAUGUAGUUAAAUUGAACUGUAAACUGCCAUUUUUCUGACAUAGUUCUGCUUGGUGAUGCUCCAUCAGUAUGAAAUGACUACGUAAGUCUUUCUAACUUCUUUUUAUUCUGUAUGAAGCAAAACAUUAACAACUGUCUACUAUUGUGUACAUACUUGUACUAAAGACCUUUUUUCCAGUUAACACGUAUUUCUUUUUGAAAUGUAUUUAUUAGGUCUUAGUGCUAUACAGAAUAAAUUUCAUCUCCAACCCAGUAACAAGGCCUUUUGGUUUCAUUUUUAUACUGACUAUAGCGUUGCAAGCC